AGAGCAGCGUUAAGAGGAAGAGCAGCGUUAAGAGGAAGAGCAUCGGCAUGACGUUCAUCGCCAAGACCUUCUACGACCUGAGAGCCACGACGCUGGAGGGCGAUGCGGUGGACUUUAACGUGUUCAGGGGGCGGGUGGUGCUGAUUGAGAAUGUGGCGUCUCUCUGAGGGACCACCACCCGGGACUACAGCCAGCUCAACGACCUCCAGCGGAGGUACCCUCAUCGGCUGGUGGUUCUGGGGUUCCCCUGCAAUCAGUUUGGCUACCAGGAGAACUGCAGUAAUGGAGAGAUCCUGAACUCGCUGAAGUUUGUCCGACCAGGAGAUGGCUACCAGCCUGGCUUCACCAUCUUUGAGAAGUGUGAUGUGAACGGCACAUCCACCCAUCCUGUCUUUGCGUAUCUGAAAGACAAACUUCCCUACCCCGAGGAUGACCCCCACUCUCUCAUCCAGGACCCCAGGUUCCUCGUCUGGAGUCCCGUCACCAGAACUGACAUCUCCUGGAAUUUUGAAAAGUUCCUUAUUGGGCCGGAAGGAGAGCCUUUUAAGAGAUACAGCAAGAAAUUUCCCACCAUUGAUAUCGAACCUGACAUCCAAAGACUGCUGAGACUAACCAAGACCUGAAAAUAGCCCAGUCAUGAUGACUUCACAUCCAUAAUAGAUUUAGAAAUAGUGACAUCCAUCUUUUUGAGUUUUACUAAAUGAAGGUAAUGUUCUAAACUAUGAUGUGAGUAUUAUCUGAUGCCUUGUAAAUACUUGAGAUUUGGAUGCCACUAUAGAUUAAACAUGUGUUAGCACUAGAAGCUUUGUAUUUCAAUUAUUAUUGUA